GAAGGGUUGGAUCUGCCAGCAUUCCCCCAGGUCAUCCGCUUCUAUCCGGACUGAACCUUGAGGAAUCAUACUUCAGUUAAACACCUGCUAUCCUAUUUUGUGGCGAGCGCACUCACCUCACACUCGUUUCUUAAUACCGAUCGUUGAACGCGCGAGGAAUAUGACGCUUCCGAGAGACCUUUCUCUGUACAAUGGAGUAUCGAACCGAUCACGUGGCUGGAAAUCGAGGAAAACGGACAAAGUAAUGGAGGGGUUAAUGACAAGUAAUACUGGUGUGAUGAGGUGGGAUGGUGCGGCAAGGUCGAGCGCGGCGUGGGACAACUUGAGAAGGGAUCCCGCACUCUGGUUCCGCGAAGGUGAUUGCUAUGUGCAUCUCUACGCACAAGGUCAAUCCAGGAGGGGCCCAGCCUUCAAGGUUCCUUUCUCUGGAUUGACGGAGGCCAGUUGCUAUCCGCUGAUCGACAACUUCAUCUCGAGCGAGAUAUCUAUUCCCAUCACGCCUGGCUCAGAUAUCAGUGCGUACUACCGAAAGACCAGCAAUCAGAACCGUGUCGAUCUAUACAUACCCGCGCCUCCAAGAUCGGACAAGCAGCAGUCUUACAAGUAUCACUUGGCAACUCGCAACUUCUUUGCGUGGAUAUUCAGGAGAUCCAUGGUUGGAGAGUAUCUAGGCGUGGCUCUCAUUACCCUCAUGCGCAGCAUGCAUGAUUUCCGGACUCACGAUGUGGACAACCAGGCAGAUUUGAUGAGUUACCUGGACGAAGAGGGUUAUUUGGAUUUUAAGAGUCAACCGUCACAUGCUCUCGCGGCUCUCCAUCUUGCCGAGGUGUUUCAGCUCCGCGAUCUUUAUAUCGAUGCCUUUGCGCACUGCUGUGGGAUGAGUGAUCAAGUAUUCCUUGGGCCAGAGUAUCAGCUCCUGUCAUCGGUGACGAGGAAACUAUUACGCCGCGCUCGAGUAGAGAUGGAUUUGAGAUUGGGCCAGAUGGGAAGCAUGCUGGGGACACUGCUCCAAGAUGAAUUAUCAGAGACCUACUUGGGACUUUACCCGGGAGCUCGAGCACAUCUUGAGCGGUUCCGGACCUUGUUGAAUGGUCUCUACGCGGCUAAAUUUGGAUACUAUCCUCCGCCCUCUAUCGAUCCAAGGACAACGAUCUUCGAAGUGGAUGUUUUCCGCACGAUGAGGGUAGAUUUUGAGGCGUUGUUCCAAUACUUAGUGGAUAAUGAUUACGAGCCGUCGCAGAGCAUCCCGAUCUUGGCUCAGGGGGGCAUUUGCACACUUCAGAGCGUGCAAGCCUUUGACACGAGGCAGAGGUUCAAGACGCUGGAUCAUCCGCUGCCAAAGAUGCCCGAGAUUGCCGUGCCGGCGUCUUCACGGAGGAUGUCCUGGUUGGGACGACACUUUGACGUCAAGAUCGGCCCAAGUCAGCGCGCAGCUGCUCACGUCGCCUUGCUCAAAGCUACUAAUCAGGACAAGAUCGCCUUGUUGGACAAUGAUCUAGUGAGAGCGUAUCGCAAGUUUGAGGAGGAUUCGAUAUAUUCGCCGCUGAAAGCAGACAAGCAAGAAAACAUCGGGCUCAUUGAUGCUCGCAAGGUUAGAUGGAUUCUGAUAUAUUCUAUCUAUCAGGUUCUAAGAUCAGCGACGGAGCCACCGUCCGAGGUCAAAGAUUCGCGGGAAACCCCCUACCAUCUCUGCGUAGCGACAACAAAUAUUCCCCCGUGGAAGGAAGAGAGGGCAGUACAUUCACUCAUUCGUGGACAAAACUCAAAGAUAACCCGCAACCCGUCUACCUCUACGGCGGGCUGGAGCGGUACUACAGAUUAUCAUACUCCACCCAUGACGCCGGAGAUCAAACCGGAUAUUGACUAUCUCGCUCUUGCGCGCAGCGAUGAGUCGACAGAGUUGUCCAACGGAAUCAAGGUACCUGGGCGGAGGAGUAGUAUCUCGACUAACCCCGUUAUGCGAUCGAUGAGUAUCUUCAACCGUCAAGAAAAGCAGUCGCCGCAGCAUCAACGCAAACCCACGACACAAUAUCACGAAAUCGUAGUCCACGGCUACGGAAAUGGUACUAAUGAGGUCGAGUUCACACAACCGCAGGAGAAAACACAAUUGUCUCAACAGGAGCAAGAUCAAGAACAAGAUCAGGAAAGCCUGAAAAUCAUUGUAGUUGACACAAAUCUCAAGAUCAACAACAACACGACCACCGCGCGGUCACCUUCGACAUCAUCGGAUACACGUAGCUCAACCGCCAGCAGUAACUCCGAAGGAAGCUCCGGUACGACGGCAAACACCUCAGUUACUGAGAGUCCCACUACAACAACCUAUCCUAUGAAUUCGUGGGGCAGUCGCCGCAGCAGCGUUUGUGUACGGCGGCGCGUGCGCGACAUUGGUUUCAUCGACGGCGCUGCCAUGAGGACAAUGUCCAUGUACGAACAAACAUCACCACCACGUCCGCACACGCAACACGGUGGCCCGAUUUCUACACCCGACAAUUCAGACAGCGGCUCGCUCCAGGGCUCACCAUCACGGUUUCGGUCUAUGAGCGUCCAGCGCGACAAUCGCUUGUCUUCGUCUUACCGCAAGUCGCUCGAGCCAUUGCCAUUGAAUAUACACAAGGCGGCAACGCUGAACAACAAAAAGUCAGAGAAAAAGAGGAUGGGAAUGGGAAUGGGUACGAGCAUGGUUACAGCGACGAGUCCCAGCAAGAAGAGCUCGGUUCCGUCGCCGAAUGUAUGGGAGGAUAUUAAGGCGCUUGUGGAUGUGAGGAGUAGCGGCGUGGAUGAUAUUAAGGCGGCUUGGGAAAUGUAUAAUGAUCUGGGUGGGUUGACGGAGAUGAACGAUGCUGCGGGCACGGCUGUCAGGUGAAAAUGUCGGGUUUGGGAUUGAGGUAAGGACGUUAUAUGUGUAAAGGAGGAAACGAUGGGGGUCACACUUGAAACUGCGUUGGAGGUGUAGGGAGAUUGGACGCCUGUCCUUACUUGAUGGUCACGCUUGACUUUUUCCUUCUCCUUGCUUCAGAUUA